AUGAAAUCAGAUGGAAGCACGGUGCCAGUAACUCCGUUCAUCGCUGAAAUUCGCGAAGGGCACUUUUCAAAAAACACCGAAUAUUCAUUAUGGCUUCUUCUUUUCCUAGCAGGAAUAUUAUUUUUGAUAAUUUUAGCGUUUUUGUGUUUUAUGUGUUGGAAACAGAAUGAACGAUCAAGAGUUCAUACUCAACAAGGAUCAGCACAGCAAAAUGCAUUUAUGAACGAACCAAAUCGACAAUUAGUAGGGACUGUUAAUCCCCCAGGAACUAAUAGCAUUUCCGUUCCAGUUCAUCAAUCCUCUGACGGGGAAUCGCAAAAAAGCAGUAGCACGUUACGAAGGCAAUCAUCUGAUUCAGACACAGCUCCUGCCCCAAUUUCUGCACCAACACCAUCAGCAGCAGUAGCGCCAGUUCCAGCCGCUAGUACACAUAUUUCAAAUAAGAAGUUCCCACUCUCAGUGGAACCAAAACAAGUUAUAACGCCCGAGAAGCAUUCUGAGGAGCAGCGACAUAUUGAAGAAACAAAGAUAAUGGGGAACAACGACAGAGGAGUUGAAGGACCUAAGGCAGCACCGAGAAGUUUGCCGCCUGCAAUGCCUGGAAGAGAAACGACUUUUCAGAGUAUCAAUACAAGGGAUGGCAGCUCGCUACGUACUCGCCGAACUCGCGAAAUGUUUGAUCGGCCAGUUAUGAAUGUUCUUGACAAUGUUUCAGCAAUUUCGUUGGAUGAGUUCUGGAGCAACAAGAAACAUUGA